CGGCCGCUGCCUGCAGUUGCUGCCCUGCGUGUUAUUGUUUUGACUGCUGCUUCUCGCUUCUCCCCACCCCGGAGAGCGCGCGGCUUCUGCGGAAGGAGGAGAAGGGGAAGGCGGCCGAGUUGUGGGCCAAGCGAAGACGCUUCUCGUCCCCCCCCCCGGCCGCCUCCCCCCGUUCUAGAAGCGGCAAAGCUACUAGUAACCGGAAAACGCGAGAAGCUCUGGCAUCUUGAGUUUGAUCCGGCCGGGAGGGGGGGCCGGCGGUGGAAGACCUCCCGGGAGGGGAGCGAGCCUUUCCCCGCGGAGGUCCCCCCCCCGCCCGCCCCGGGCGCGCUGGGCGAUCCACUGACUCGCCGCCCGACAGAAGGAAAUCUCUGGAAGCUCCUUCACCUCCUCGCCGAGAGACCCCUUAGAACGCAGCCCUGCCCGCCCCCACCCCGCCAAAGAAGAAAAUAAAGCGGCAGCGGGGGGGACGGGGACAAACGUGUAGCAAUCGCAGGCAGAAGCGUCGCUGCAAGAGGCGGGUGGAGAGACUUGGAGCGCCGAGGCGCCGAGAAGAAGCGAGAGACUCGCCGCCGGGAGACUUGGCGGAGCGCAGCCUCGGGAAGCCCCCGCCCCAGCCGCGCCAGGGUCUCCCCCAGCAGCGACCAGCAGCCCUUCUCUGCCCUUGCUGUCUUCCUUCUCCCCUUUGCCCCUCCCGCUUUCCUGGCCCCUGGGUCGGCUGCUCUCGUCCUCUCCGCAUCCUCCUGCUUUACUCUGUCCCGAGUCCCGCUCCGACGCCGCCUCGACGGACAAGCGCCCCCUCCGUCCCUGAGCCCCCCUGCCAAACGCGCUAACUUGUGGCUGUUGUGAUGCGUAUUCCCGUAGAUCCCAGCACCAGCCGGAGGUUCAGCCCGCCUUCCAGCAGCCUGCAGCCCGGCAAGAUGAGCGACGUGAGCCCCGUGGUGGUGGCGGCGGCCGCCCAGCAGCAGCAGCAGCAGCACCCACAGCACCCGCAGCAGCAGCACCAGCAGCACCAGGAGGCGGCGGCGGCGGUGCCCCGGCUGCGUCCGCACGACAACCGCACCAUGGUGGAGAUCAUCGCCGACCACCCGGCCGAGCUGGUGCGCACCGACAGCCCUAACUUCCUGUGCUCCGUGCUGCCCUCGCACUGGCGUUGCAACAAGACGCUCCCGGUGGCGUUCAAGGUGGUGGCUUUAGGAGAAGUCCCUGAUGGCACAGUGGUCACAGUCAUGGCUGGGAAUGAUGAAAAUUAUUCUGCAGAGCUGAGGAAUGCCUCUGCUGUAAUGAAGAAUCAAGUGGCACGGUUUAAUGACCUGAGAUUCGUUGGCAGAAGCGGAAGAGGGAAGAGUUUUACCUUGACAAUAACAGUCCUUACGAAUCCCCCCCAAGUGGCUACGUAUCACAGAGCUAUCAAGGUGACCGUGGAUGGACCCAGAGAACCAAGGAGGCACAGACAGAAGCUUGAUGACUCUAAACCUAGUUUGUUCUCUGAGCGCCUCAGUGAUUUAGGGCGCAUUCCUCAUCCCAGUAUGAGAGUAGGGGUCCCGACUCAGAGCCCACGGCCCUCUCUGAACUCUGCACCAAGCCCUUUUAAUCCACAAGGACAGAGUCAGAUUACAGACCCCAGACAAGCACAGUCAUCCCCUCCAUGGUCCUAUGACCAGUCUUACCCUUCCUACUUGAGCCAGAUGACUUCACCCUCCAUUCAUUCCACAACCCCCCUGUCCUCCACAAGAGGCACGGGGCUUCCAGCCAUCACCGAUGUGCCCAGGCGGCUCUCAGGUGCUUCAGAGCUGGGCCCAUUUUCAGAUCCCAGGCAGUUUGCCAGCCUUUCAUCCCUCACUGAGAGCCGGUUCUCCAACCCGCGAAUGCACUAUCCAGGCACCUUCACUUAUGCGCCGCCCGUCACCUCAGGCAUGUCAUUGGGUAUGUCAUCCACAACUCAUUACCACACCUACUUACCGCCACCUUACCCAGGCUCCUCCCAAAACCAAAGUGGACCAUUCCAGACCAGCAGCACUCCCUAUCUCUACUACGGCACAUCGUCAGGAUCAUACCAGUUCCCCAUGGUGCCAGGAGGAGAUCGCUCCCCCUCCAGAAUGCUGCCUCCCUGUACCACCACCUCCAAUGGCGGCAGCGCACUCUUAAACCCUAACUUGCCUAACCAGAAUGAGGGUGUGGAGGCUGAUGGAAGCCACAGCAGUUCCCCAACAGUCUUGAAUUCUAGUGGCAGAAUGGAUGAAUCCGUUUGGAGGCCAUACUGAAAGUUUAUUGCAUGGCCUAAAGUCAGUGAGCCAAAAAGAAAGAAAGAAAGAAAGAAAGAAAGAGAAAGAAAGAGAGUCAGCUAAUUAUAAAGUGCCUGUUUUUUUUCUUUUCCUUUGAAUAGAUUCUCUCAAUAUGUACAACUGUGUAGCUGGGAUUUUAUAACAGCUAAGUACACGCAUACAACGUUAGAAUGACUUUCCAGCAUCAUAGUUCCAAUAAAUGUAGAUCAAAGCACAUUUUACUGUCCUCUUGGAAACAUUUGUCUGAGUUUUAUAUAUUUAAAAAUAUUGACUCCAGUGCAGAAAGAUGCCCAUGUCUAGACUCUUGUAAAACAUUUAAAAAAAUAAUAAUUAGUGAGUUAUUUUGCCAAGAGGGAAGAAAUGGACUCCUGCCAAUUUUCAAGACAAAGCCCAUGCUUUUUUGCCUUUUUUUUGGAACAAACAAAAACAAUUCAGGUACAGUUGCAACAAUACAAUAUGCAGGGCCCCUAUGCAUGCACAGUGCUUAUCACUACUUUUGAUUGUGCUCCUAUUUAUACCAAAAUAUCUUCUGAUUACAGUAGCUCUUCAACCAUAUUAUCAAAGCCUUGCAGCAGAUGAAAGAACUUUUAAGAUGCACGGCUUAUUUUGUACUGAAAGAGCAGCCUGCCAAGGCACUAAGGCAGCCUUGUUUACUUUGUGUUAUUCAUUAAUGUGAUUUUUUUUGCCUUAGAUCAGUUAACCAAAAUAUAUAUAUUGGGGGAGACCCCCUAAAAUAAAAUGAAAUCUAAUUUCUUAUGCAAGAAGCAAAAGAUAAUGGCAAUAUAUCUUACUCAAACCAAAACAGUUUAGGUAGUAUGUGUGUCUGGCUAUCUUGUUAUAUUUUAUUAAGUUAUAAAUAUGUACAAAUUGAGGUUAUUUGCAAAAAAUGAAUUGUCAUAUAAUUUUAAAGAAAUAUUUAUAAUUAUUUAAUGAUAUUUGGUCCCUUUAAAGUUUUCUUAAUGUAAUGAUAUGAUGACUUAGGUCUCUAAAAAUGUUUGUUUUUUUAAAAAAAUACUGACAGACUUCUAGCGGUACAAAAUCUCAAGGCUAUGCCUGAACUCUGAAAGGCAGUUCCAAUAUAAACCAGCUGCAUAUAUAUAUAUAUAUAUAUAUAUAUAUAUAUAUAU